GCUGGCGGGGCCGCGGUGGCGGCGAGCGCUCGGCCCCCGCGCCCCGGAACGUUGCGCCGUGGAGCCGCCCCUCGGCCGGCGGGCUUUCUGGGUGCACGCCGGCUUCCAGCACGGCCCGGGGGGACGGUGGUGGCGGCGAGGACCCGGCAGAGGGCCGCGCAGGGGCUCGAGCUGCUCGCGCCGCUGGUCACCUCGUGUUCUCCCCGGGGCUGGACCUCCGCGAGGGAGAAGCGCGAACUUCUGUGAAAUGCCGAGGAGGAAAGUGCCCCUGAGAUGAGCGCGACCGGAGGUGGCGGGCUGUGGUGACUGGUCUUCCUGCAGCGCGGUGGCGGGGACCACGAUGGGAGGUCCUUCUCUGCCGCCGACUGCAGAGUGAGAAGCCGGCGGCCGGCCGAGGGCUUUCGGCGCGCCAUGGACCCCCGUGAAGGCCUGGGAGCGCCCCGCGGCGACGCUCGCGAGUCCAGGGACGCGGGGCGCGGAGGGACGCGGGGCCCCGGGGGCCGGCGGCAGGGAACGCGCGCCGAGAGCGGCCACAGGGAACAAGAUCGAAACAGAGUUUCAGAAGAACUUCUAAUGGUUGUCCAAGAAAUGAAAAAAUACUUUCCAGCGGAGAGACGCAGUAAACCAAGCACCCUGGACGCCCUCAACUAUGCCCUUCGCUGCGUGCGCAGUGUGCAAGCAAACAGUGAAUUUUUCCAGAUUCACAAUUUAAACGGAGCACCUGAGAGGGAAGUGACUGUGUACAGUCUGAAGGAGCUGGCCACUGUUGCUUCUGAACACACUUCUAAGAACACAGAUACCUUUGUGGCCGUGUUUUCGUUUCUUUCUGGAAGGUUAGUGCACAUAUCUGAGCAGGCUGCUUUGAUCCUGAAUUGCAAGAAAGAUUUCUUGAAGUCCUCUCACUUUGUUGACCUGCUUGCCCCUCAAGACGUGAGGGUGUUCUACACACACACCGCCCGAGCUCAGCUUCCUUUCUGGAGGAGCUGGACCCAAAGAGCAUCACAGUACGAAUGUGCUCCAGUGAAGCCCUUCUUCUGCAGGAUCCGUGGAGGUGGAGGCAGAGAGCACGAGAAGCAUUACUCCCCGUUCCGGAUCAUCCCCUAUUUGGUUCAUGUACAUAGCUCUACCCAACCAGAAUCAGAACCUUGCUGUCUAACGCUGGUUGAGAAGAUUCACUCUGGUUAUGAAGCUCCUCGAAUCCCAGUGGAUAAAAGAAUUUUUACCACAACACACACCCCAGGGUGUGUGUUUCUUGAAAUAGAUGAAAGAGCAGUGCCUUUGCUGGGCUACCUCCCUCAGGAUCUGACCGGAACCUCUGUGUUAGCAUGCCUGCACCCCGAAGACCGGCCUCUGAUGGUCACCAUGCACCAGAAAGUCUUGAAGUAUGCAGGCCACCCUCCCUUUGAACACUCACCCAUUAGAUUCUGUACUCAAAAUGGAGAUUACGUCAUACUGGAUUCCAGCUGGUCCAGCUUUGUGAACCCCUGGAGCCGGAAGGUUUCCUUCAUCAUUGGUCGGCAUAAAGUUCGGACGAGUCCACUAAAUGAGGAUGUUUUUGCUACAAGAAUAAAAAAGACGAACAGUAAUGAAAAAGACAUAACAGAAUUACAAGAACAAAUUCAUAAACUUCUGUUGCAGCCUAUUCACGUGAGUACUUCCAGUGGCUAUGGGAGCCUGGGAAGCAGUGGUUCGCAGGAGCACCAGGUCAGCGUGGACUCUUCCAGCGAGUUGAGCGGGCAUUGCUUGGAGGAAGUGCAGAAGGAGCCGAUGACCUUGAAGCAGGUCUACUCCAGUGUGAACAAAAUUAAGAAUCUGGGUCAGCAGCUCUACAUCGACUCAAUGGCCAGGUCUUCAGUCAAGCCAGUGAUGGGGACAUGCCCAGAGCCCUCUGGUGGUGAUGAACAGAAGGGCUCUUCUUCCUCCCCGAAACUGAAAAAUAAAUGCACGUGCACUGAGUUUUGUGAGGAUUUGAGGAAAGACCAGCACAGCUCAUCAUAUCAACAGAUGAACUGUAUUGACAGUGUCAUCAGGUACCUAAAGAGCUACCACAUCCCAGCUCUGAAAAGAAAGUGUGUGUCCUCCACAAACACCAUGGCUUCGUCAUCAGAAGAGGAGAAGCCGAGCCACCAGGCAGACGACACCCAAGCAGUGCAAGCUGUCCCACAGACCCCUGCCAUGCCUCAGCCGAAAGUGCCCACAAAUGGACGGCCCACCGAGGCUGAAGCAGACCUGGCCGGAACCCUGUCCACUGCCACACUGAGCCUGGGGUCAGGCACCAGCCAGUGCAGCUACAGCAGCACCAUCGUCCAUGUCCCACCCCCAGAGCCAGCAGAGGAUGCUGCCCUAGGAUGUGAACCCUGGACCCUAAACACCCAGCCAGCUCCUUUCACUGCAGAAGAAUUCAAACAUGUAGGGCUCACAACCGCCUCUCUGUCAGCCCACACACAGAGAGAAGAACAGGAUUAUGUGSACAGGUUCCGGAAAAAGAUCCUCUCCUCGCCCUAUAGCUGCUGUCUUCACCGCGAAAGCAGCAGCAAGGCCAGACGCUCCUGUGUUCAAGGAGAUUUCACUUCCAAGCAGAGCAGGUUGGCAGGAUGCAGAAAGGGGAAGCACAAACGAACAAAGCCACCAGUGCCCUUGGGCAGUAGCAGCUCCAGUGACAGCUUCCGUUCCCAGGCUGGGGGACCUCUUCAGGAUGUGCUGCCCUGGUGCCCUUCCACCCCGUCUUCUGCCUGCGCCUCGGGCCUGGGGUUCCCAGCUGCUGUGAUGGUUCCCAGCCAGUCCUCUUACCUCCUUCCAGCUUUUCCCCUGCCAGCCUGGGCAGCUACGCCUGAAUGUCCACCUAAGCCACCUGUGUCCAGUGGCCUGCAGCAUCUGCCUGCUCUCCCUUCCCUGCACGUGGAUACUUUGAUGACCUUUUUCUUGCACGACCCCCGUAUCUGUCCUCUGUGGUCACCAUCAUUCUCUCCAUAUCCAUUCUUGGGAGCCACAGACUCUUCUGAAAUUCCUCCCUCGGUAUCAGCAAUGACUCCAAACCUGGAACCACCUCCUUCAGUCAACAGCGGGAGAGUGGAGGAAAAAUGGGAGAUGCAAAAGGAAGAGCACCUGUUCAUCAGUUCUCAGAGCAGCUCACCACUGCAGCUAGACCUACUYCAUGAAGAUGUGCCCGCGUCUCCUGAGCCUCCAGACGCGGUGAGAAGGGAUGCUGGCCCCGAGGCCACAGACCACUGUGUUUCAGGUGGCAGUGGCAGCAGGAGCAGUUCUGCUGCUGGUGACCUCUCCCCAGCCCCACCCCACAAGGUGUCUCCAUCUGGAGCUGGUUCUGCAGCCUCAGGAAGCAGUGGUAGCUGCAUCUUCUUCACUAGUACUGAUUAUUCUUCUGAAAGCUCUGAAAAUGGGCAACAAUCUCAGGAUACACAGAAAACAAACGCCUUUCACAGUUUAGCUGAGGAUUCCAUCUGGAAAAUGAUAGCACAAACUCCUGAGUGUGUUCUGAUGACGUAUCAGGUGCCAGAGAGGGUUAAGGAAGUUGUGCUAAAAGAAGAUCUAGAAAAACUGGAAAGCCUAAGACAGCAACAGCCCCAGUUUUCUCCUGGGCAGAAGGAAGAGCUAGCCAAGGUGCAUCCUUGGAUUCAAAGCCAGACUGUCCCUCGAGGAAUGCAUGUCCAACUGCGCCACCUGUGAAGACAGAGGUUCAGCUGGUGACACCGCAGAGGCCCCUGGGCCGCAUCCAGGAGAAGACAGCAGCUGAGCCACCAUGAGGAUGUCCUUGCACCAGCUUUCCAGGGCACAUGUGACAGACCUCCCUAUGUGUCUCUAAAGCUCGACUCACAAGUGAUCACGAAGUCAAGUGAUCACGAAGUCAUCAUCAACAUAAGACUUCCCACCGUGCUUUUUUAACAGACGUCAUUUUUCUGAAGCAGAAGCAGCAUUGUAUAUCGAAUCUUCUCUUUGUUCCUGAUGUGUUAAAACUGCCAAUUAGACUCCUUUUCUAGUUUAGCUGCCUUCUUCUAGAGAGAUUGGAUUGCCUUUAAGAGGUAGGUGUAUGGUAAAAUUUUAUUUCAAAUAUCACCCAAAAUAAAUUAUGAUUAGAAGUACAGCUAAAAUGAGCCCACAGCUGAGCCUCUCUGGUCUGUCUGUUGCUACCUGAGUCGUUCUCCCUGGUGGAGUGCGAGGAGCAGCACACCCCUGGGCGUGUGCCUCCGUGAUGGUCUCCGCAGCGUGGUGCUCCCCUGUGACUCAGAGAGGACAUCCCAGUUUCCUGCCACCCAUUAAAGUCUAUUGUCCACUAGUAAAUCAGGAAAUAACUAUUUUUAAGGCUGGAUUUUUACUUUCAUUCUUACAAAUGCAUUUUUACUUUUUUUUUUUUUUUAACCUGUCACUAAAAGGCUUUUCUAAAAAGAAUCCGUCAAUUUAUUAAGGGGCUUAUUCUUUGGAGAACUUUUAGCAAUUAUAAAUGUAGUUAAAACAAAAGAGCUGUUUACUCAACCAAUAGUGUUUUUCUUUUUAAGAUUUUUUGAUUUUAAAAUAAUGAUUGUAAAAAGUGGACAAAAGUUSUAUAAGUUAAUAUUAUUCUUAUUGCAUAUGUGUUUAACCAUUAACUUUUGCUUUCCACUGAAUUUACACAAAGAUGGCUUUCUGUGCUGAGCAGAGGUCUGAUUGGCACUGCCUUUUGUUUGCCCUUGAACAGGGUAAGUGUUCUGAUACCCAGUGAGAAACCCCUGGGGAGCUCGGCGACCCCAGCCUCCCCAGCCCUCAGGGACUGCAGUCCUCAGGAGUCAUUGAUUUCUGUGUCACUUGCCGAAGAGUCUCAAGAAGUGAGUGUUGACUUGACAGAUUGGCUCACUCCGGUGCUCUUUAUAGAGAAGUCAUGGUUCCUUCUCAGACUUAGAAUGAUAUGCGUGAUCCACACCCAUGCAGCUCAGAAAAGGAAAUAGAAGAUGAAGGUCACAGUGACCUUGUAUUUUUAUAUAACUUACAACAAACUUAUUUUUCUUUUCUUUGUUUUGUUUUUUGUUUGUUUUAGGAAAAGACUUCUUUCUCCUUUGAAGUUUCAUAACUUUUUCUAAAUGCAUCCUCAUAAUGAUUAGGCAAAUUGACCUUUUUGUUUGUGGAAUAGAUGGACCCUGAUUCUCCAAUCCUGUAGCUCAGAUUUUCUCCCAAAGUAGUGGGUUCUGGAUUCAGUYGUCAGGUGUCAAAAAUCAGUUCCAAAUGCUGCCUUUGACAUUUCUUGAAAUUUUCUAGUAUCAAGCAUUCGCAUACAAAUAUUGCUGUUUUAUGAAGAGAGAACACUCAUAUUCUAUUCCAUCUUGAUAGUUAAAUGAUUUCUGAGGUCUUUGUGUGUUGAUCCAGUUGUUCUGGUAUUUUUUUCCCCUUGGUAAAAAAAUCAGAUUAAAAAAUUAGCCUGUCCACUGACAACUUUCUAGAGUAAUGAAGUUCUUAGUUUGUGUAGUCAAAGUUGGCAUUUGGACCUAUCAGGGUCAUUCUGCCUUUAUGUGUGCGUACUUUAAACUCUGUGUUCUGUGCCRAUGCAAGGCUUCUUUGUGCUGUUUUGGAUGUUCGCUUGUUAGAAUCACCUGUUUCUCUCCUUCGUACACAUUCUGUGUAGUCACAUGAUGCUAGGCUGGAUCUGACGUGGUGCUGUUGAGGACAGGUCUGUAGGAGCACUCUCAGGCCUCUUCUCUUGAUAAGAAGAUUGUUCAGUGCAUGUAGAGGUUGUCACACCGCGAGAUGAAAGGGGAUUCACAGUGGCCUCUGCUCCCCCCCAGGGGUCUGGUCUCACCCAGUUGAAGCUUGGUUGUUCAAGUUUAUUAUCAGCUUUUUGUAUUAAUGACUGUAGGAACUGGUGAUAAAAGUGUAUUUUAUAGGCUUCCAUGUUUACAUAAAUACUACCCAAAAAGCUUUAUUUUCUUGGGUCAGAGGCCAAAAUUUAUGAAAAACAAAAUGCUGUACAAAGGGAAUAGUUUUGCAAUUACACAAAACUUCAUUAUUCAUAAAGUAAAUUUAAUCCAACUUGAAAUUUUGUUUCAACUGAAUUUAUAAUUAUGUGAUUUACUGGUUUUUAAUGGCUAUUAAUAUUUUAUUUGGGUAUCUUUUUUAAGUAAAAUAAUAAACUAUACAUGUGAAACCUGUGGGUCCCUAGCAGUGCUAUGUGGCAAGCCCUGGUCUCAAGUGGGUUUUGCGUCAUGAGAGGCGCUUCUCCUGGAGGCACUGGGUUGCCAUUGCAGCGCAUGUGGGCUAGUGGUGACAGGCGUGGCUCAGUCCCUUUCCCCAGCACAUUGGCUCAUUUAAUCCUUGCUCCAGCAUUGUGAAGAAUUUAUUGGGUUCCGUGUGUGUGUGUGUGUGUGUGUGUGUG